UGGUGCUUUCCGGGUGGUUAUUCGCGCUCGCUCCCGAUUUUAUCCAGCAUCUCAGCAUCUCGAUGAUCUGUCGGCUCAAGGUUGCGGAUUAAUUUAGCGUCUGACAGGCGAAAUUAAGCGGCAGCUUUCAAGGAAAGCACUCAUUUUUAUCUGAAGAAAUUAUUUGAGUGAAUGUUUCUUGACUAUUAAGCUUAAGAGACUUUGGAGUAAAUUAUGCGCCAAUGAUAGCCGGCGGGACUUAUGGAUGAAGUUGUUUUUAGGGAUUACAAAACAACGAAUGUUUUGGACAUUUUUGUGUCUCAUAUAUUAAGGACUUGUUCACAGUUAUAAACUUUAUGCAGUGUUUUUAUUCUAGAACUUAAAGUUAAUUCUUGUUCACUUCUUGUGAUAAAAUAGUGUAAUAUACAAACUACUUGACAAUUAGUUCAGAUUUUUGGAUGUUCAGUGUACAAACUAUUUAUGUAGGAUCUAGAAUACCCCAUACAGUAUUAAGAUAAGCUCAAAACAAUGUUAGAAGAACACCUUUAAAUGCACGAAUGAUCAACCAAUCAUCGCCAUCCAGUGUCGUUAUAAAUAAUUAACCGGUCCCGGUCAUGUAGGAACGAAAAAUGUCCAGCGCGGGGUUUCUGGUUGUCGUGCUAGUGCUCCUCGUAACGUGUUCGGUGGCCGAACUGGCAACCGAGUUCGCGGAAGCCAGCGAAGGCAGCACGGCGAAUUUACCGUGCACUCUGGUAGCCAGUGACUAUCCGGACAAAAUCAGUAACAUUUUGUGGUACCGCGGCGAAGAGGAAUCGCCGAUUUACAAGUACGAAGCGCGCGGCUCGUAUCCGCAACACACGGCCGAUCCUGUUCUACAAAAUCGGUAUUUUUUAAGAGUGGCCGGUGACCAGGCGUUGUUGACGAUAUCGCCAGUGAAAAAUUUGGACGAGGGUUUGUUUCAUUGUAGAGUGGAUUUUCUGCGGUCGCCUACGAAGAUUACACAUGUUAACUUGACUGUUAUAGUGCCCCCAACAAACGUCCAAGUGAGUGACCGGAUAGGACCUAUAAAAAAAGAUGUGACAGAGGCUUAUGCUGAAGGUGCAAGUCUAACACUUCUUUGUACAGCUUCAGGAGGUAAACCUCUCGCGAAGGUUUCUUGGUGGAGAAAUCAAUCACUGAUCACAGACGAAACGCAAUACUUCCAAGAACGUGCCAAAUCACAAAGCAUUCUUAAAAUAGAUAAAUUAACAAGGUCGCAUCUUUUAGCGGUCUACAGCUGUGAAGCUAACAACAGUAAACGUCAACCACCGUUAGUUGUACGUGUUGCUAUCGAUAUGUACCUGAGACCGCUGGAGGUCGUACUUGUAGGAAAUAGUCUGCAAUUUAGUACGGGAAAGAAGUACAAUAUUACUUGCGAAUCGAGAGGAUCCAGACCUCCUGCUGGGAUAACUUGGUGGAAGGAUGGCCGACGUUUAGAAGGUGGAGACAUGGUAGUGAGUGCGGAUGGGAACGUCACCACCAGCGCGUUACAUUUUGUGCCAAAAGCAAGUGAUCAUGGCCUUACUUUGGCCUGUAAGGCUUCUAAUCAACGAAUACCUUUUAGUGAAAUUCAACGAACCUGGAUGCUCAAAGUUUUAUAUCCGCCGAAAGUAAACAUGACCCUCGGACACGGAUUAGACGGUAGCAAUAUUAACGAGGGUGCUGACGUUUAUUUCGAGUGUCAUCUUGUCGCUAAUCCUUGGGUACAUCGAGUAUGGUGGCUCAGAGACGGGGAAAGACUGUUAAGCAACGCAACUACCGGUGUUAUAGUUAGCAAUCAAACCUUGGUUUUACAGGGUGUCAGUAGAAGUAGUUCAGGUCAUUAUGCCUGUGAAGCGACCAACGAAGAAGGUUCUUCAAUAAGUCCAGCGUUUCAUUUGCGUGUCAAAUUCGAACCGAUUUGUAAAGAAGGCAUAGCUAGAAAAAUUAUUGGGGCUGCUAAGGAUGAACCUGUUCAAGUAAAAUGCAAGGUUGAUUCUGAACCACCAGCCAUCGAAUUCCGUUGGAGCUUCAACAGCACACCGGGUAUCUCCAGAGAUCUGACCAAACACGCCAAACAGGAGAGUGGUAUCAGUGUACUAACCUACGUUCCUCAUGAAGCUGCUGAUUAUGGUACUCUUCAGUGUUGGGGUCGCAACGAUAUCGGUUGGCAAAGGAUAUCUUGUACCUACCAUGUGGUACCUGCUGGUAGACCGGAUCCACCGCAAGCCUGUGGCUUGAUGAACGUUACACACCAUUCGGUGGUCGUGUCGUGUCAAAAAGGAUUUGAUGGAGGUUUGAAGCAAAAAUUCGUGCUGGUCUUAUACUCAGGAGACUUGCCGGUUGCCAAUAUUUCGGCUCUCACCAGUCCCGAAUUUUACAUUCCUAGUUUGGAACCAGCCCAAGAAUAUUACGCCACAAUUUAUUCGAUCAACUCGAAAGGUUCUUCAAAGUUCACUUCACCUAUCCUGAUGCGUACUUUACCAGCUCCUGGCCUAAAAGAGCUCAGACGAUCCACAGAACCAACCGAAAAACCCAAAAUAGGAAUUUCUGGUCCGUGGUUGUACAUUCUAUUAGCUGGAGGAUCCACUUUUAUUGUAGCUGCCGCUGUUGCACUUGUCGUUUUUGCGGUUAGAAGAUUUAGGGUUGAUACACCAGUAAGGCGUCAACCUGUAGGCAGACCGAAACUGGAAGAGACUCCUUCGAAUGUUUUGGCCCAGCCUAUUAUGACUGAUAGUAUUCCGGAUGAUGAUAAUAAUCCGGAUCUUAUUCCUCCAACAUAUGAAAGUCUAAUCGAUUCCUCUUCACUCCUUCCCUACACGAUAACUGCGCGUCCGCAAAUAAAACGCAACAGCGCAACGCAAAUGCCAGUGAAACCGUACCACGUGACCUGGGCGCCGAUACUCCAGUCGCGCAACUGUUCCACGCAGACGCCCCCACCACACAAAGAAAGUUCCGUCUAGCCUCCGGAGAACGUUCUGCUCUACCUUCACCUCUACCACCAAGAGCCCUGCGAAGCACCUACUGCAGGACCAUCUGCUGCGAAUUUACUAUUGAACCCCAAUCAGAAGUCUCGGCACCGGGACCAAUACCACCUGUGAUAUUUGUGAAUAUCUCUCGUAUUUUUAAGCAUCAUUAAUUAUUAAGUGAUUUAAUUAAGAUUAUAAAUAAAAAAUAAACUGUUACGCUGUUAAUAUUAAUAUUAUUUCUUGUCGAUGAAAUAUGUCAUUAAAUGUGGAGUUUUG